AUGAUAUUAGAUUGCAGAUGCCACACAUGUGGAAGGUGCCAGGGAGGCUAUGGAGGAGGCCACAGACGAGCUCUCCCUCAUGGGCUCCUUUCCUUUGUGCGGAGCCUCCCGCAUAGGGAUGAGCUGCUGGGGGCAGCCCUCAACUUCCUCACAGAGGGCUGUAUUUUGACUGCUCUCAAUCAAUUCAAAGAAGGGUUGGAGACCUUCGGGAUUCUAGCUCUUUUGAGGAUCCACCAUGAGGAGCUCAAGGGGGUCUUCAUGGACACACCUGAGCCGCUGCUGGCCUCCCGGUUGGAGUCCACAUUCAUGACGUCCUACCUGUCUGAGCCGGGCUCCAAUCGGAGGAGGAAGGAGGCCAGGACCCUUAUAUAUUGGAGGGACUGGCUGAUCGAGGUGGAGGAUGGAGAUACGAGUCUCACCCUGGGGGCGGUUCUGGCGUUUGCCAUGGGCCUCAAAAGGAUUCCUGCUGUGGGUUUUCCCAUCGGACCCCGGCUUGAAGUCCUCCAUGAGGAAGAUGGACCGGCCCUUUUCCCCACGGCCAAUACCUGUUCCCUGGUCCUCAGGCUACCGGUGUAUCCGGAGUACAAUCGAUUUAAGGAGGCCAUGGAGGAAGCUGCCUUCUCCAGGUCAACUUCGUCCUGA